CCCUGCUGUCCCUCUGUCUGCCAGUCUGCCCGCCUGCCCGUCCCUCUGUCUGCCUGUCUGCCCGCCUGUUCGUAGCCAUAUAGAAUGCAGCGUGAAGUGCAUCUCUCUGCAGCCGUAACCCUAAACUCACCAUAUGCUCAGUACCUGUACACAGGGUCUUAACAAUGAGUGCUAGGCCUACACCUGUGUGCUGUUUAGUGUGUCCAAUGUACAGCAUAAAUGUUCUGAGUAAACUGCUUUAAUAAAAAAGAUAAUUGUCUCUUUCAUUCUGUUCGUGUUCAUCCGUGCAUGCACACGUGUAUGUGAACCAUUUACACACAGGCGUAUGUGCUGAAGCGUGUGCUCAUACACACCAGCCACACACACGCGUGCACACGCCAGGCACGCUCUGACGCUUUUGCAAUACGAGCCCGAAUGGCGGGAAACAGGAUCCGGGCUGAGAAGUAGCCGGGCGUAAGCGUCAGCGCAGACAUCACCUGGAGACCCCGCCGCCUGAAGUGUGUGCGCUCGUUUGCUACGUCCAGUGCGGCUCGCCGGCGCACUGUCCCGCGAUUAUGAAAGCGAAUCGCCUGCUAGUUCAUGGCCAGAAUGCUCACGACUAGUCAGGGGCAUGGUCAAGCACCACGACGUUACGUGAGCGCUUCAGAACAAAAAACGGGACUGAACUGAACUAGUAUGCAAGUAAUCACGCCCUUUAUAAUUAUGCAUACUGCAUACGUUUACUUCUUUGCCCCUUUGCCAAGGUCCGUAUCCCCAGAGCACAUCCACUUUGCACAACAAAAAAACAGCGGACUGUUCAGUUGAACCUUGCAGAACGGAUGGCUCAUUCUGCCCACUGAGUAAGCUGAGAUGGUUAUCCUGCUGAUAAAAUGGUGGGUAUAUCCACCUGACUACCAAAAUACCCAAUGCACAAAAUAGGCUACUCAAUAGCAAUACUAUCAUAUAGCCAGCUCUCCCCAAAUAGGCAGUUUUAGCGAGUAGCCUAGGCCUUAUAGCCUACAUUUAUUUUCAUUUGCAGUAUGAAAUUGUGCGCAUUUUUAAUCAAAAUUAUUUGUGGAUACGUGCACUUCCUUCUCCGCACUCGAAUUCAUGGUAAAUAUCUGCAAUGCUUAGAUUGUAAACAAAAUUGAAGUGUAGGUUUUGUUUUUGCUGGUUAUUCUGAAAGUUAACAAGGUAGAUAACAGACUGGUGUAUCUUGUUUGUUAAGUGUAGACUAGCUACUUGGUGAUUAAAACGGAUUUUAAAUUGAUAAAUUGAAUUUAUGAUUUAAUCCCCCUAACACGGUAUGAAGAUGCUGUGUGUUAAGCUACUUGCCAUUUGAUUAGUCCGAUCGCUGGCACGCUUGAUACUAAAGGAAAAUUACUAAUGAUUAGUUGAAAGUUGCUGCAGCUGAUUUUGCUCAAGCAGUCUAAGUUGCUGUUAAUAAUAGCCGGCGUUCGUGGGGGCUGUUUAUUCAUCUCUCUUUAAAAUGUUGCAUAGAUUAAAUUACAUGUUAAUGAAAUUGCCUACCGCGUACCCUGCAUAACAGUAAUAGCCUACAUGAACUAUCUUGCCUGUUUUAUUUAUUUAUUUUUUCUCCUACUGAACUAAGUUUGGAUAGACUGCAAACCAUCUGAUGGUCACAUAUUUUCCAAUGGUGGCAACUGUUACCAUGAAUUAAUUUCGUGUUCAUUAUAGCCUAUGACUGAUACAUACAGCAUGCUACAUCUUAAACGGAUAAAUAUUGACUGACAUACACAGUAAAACGUCGGUUUUUAAAUAUUUUGACUGCGUUUUGUUAUGGAGGAAAUUAACACAUAUAGCUAAACACUACAGGUUCUAAGCUUCAUUUUGAUGUAUAGGUUGCGGGGGUUUGAAAGAAAUCCAGCUGCCACACCAGGCUUGUGUCUCGCUAGCUCCCGCACCUCCUCCUCGAUGCGAGAGUUUCCCUGAGUGAUAGCCGGGAACGGUCAGCUCUCAGCCGGCUUCCUGCUGUGCGCUGACUCGGUGGGGGCGACUACAGAAUAUAGCGAUCACUUUUCAAUAAUGUGUAGUAAAGGAAAGUGAAAUCAAAGUCCUAUGUUGAAAACAGAAUGGGCAUUUUUAUCUAGGCUAGUGGCCAUCCACAAUGAUAUGAAUCGAUCUGAAGAAAAAUAAUGGCUGACGCAUUUUAUUUGUUAAACAUUUUGCAGCGCAGUGGCUCAAAAUUUGUGUGUGUAACUGGUGCCCGCACCCUCUUUUCUUGCAGUUCAAGUCUUGCAAGUCAUGUUCUUAUUUGAUGGAAAGAGGUGAGUCAUUGAAGGUGAACAAAGAGGAAGUAGAAGAGAAGAAGGGGGAGAAGCAGAAAACUUUUUUCGAGAGAGAUUUUUAAAAAUCUACUCUUUUAUUUUGCCUUUUUCAGUAGGCUAGUUUAAUUACCAAAAAAUAUUUAAGCAAAAACGCAUUAAUGCUCAGUUUAGUAGUAAUUUAUUACCUUUUUUAAACGUUCUCUAUAUAAGUAGAUAUUAUAAACAAUCAAAGUGAAACCAAUACAAUGAUUUGACCAUUUUGAAUUUUAUGUUUUGAGAACAUAUUUUUCUGUAACGGCCAUGGCAGGGUGGAUUGAUUCCCGAGAUGUGAAAACAGAGGAUUUGCGGAGAAGAGCCAGUGCUGAAUUUGAGCAUCCCAACAUGUCUGAGCUGAGGAUUGUGCUGCUGGGGAAGUCUGGAGAACUGAGGAGUACAGUGGGGAACAUCAUCCUGGGGGCAGAGGUGCUUUCAGUGAAAGAUCAGUGUGAGAGAGCACGAGGUCUGGUGAAUGGGAAGCGUGUGGCUCUGAUCAACACUCCAGACUUACUGGACCCCAAGCUCCCUGAAGGGAAAUUAAUCCAUCAGAUAGAGAGGUGUGUGACCCUGUCUGCCCCAGGUCCUCACGCAUUCCUGCUGGUGCUGGAGAACGACAACAUUACAUCUGCGGGGAAAAAAAGAUUUGAGAGAAUCCUGCACUCUUUCAGUCCUGAGGCCUUCAUGUACUCGAUGGUACUGACCACACAGGGGAGUAAAAGAACUCGCUUUCACCUGUCUUAUACCCAAGUUCUGCAAAUGUGUAGUGGAAGGUGUUACAAGUUUCACAACACAGAUGAGACUAAUUACACCCAGGUUACUGAACUAAUGGAGAAAAUAGAGCAGAUGGUGGGGGAGAAUGAAGGAGGUUUCCUCAGCUGUGAGAUGUUCAAGGAGCCAGAAUCAUCCACGGUUGGUGUGAGUCAGGUACCUCUGAGGAAGGCUGAACAGAAGGUGGAGAGGAAGGAGAAACCAAGGGCUCUAUCUAAACAACGACAGGAAAUUAAAGAAAAAAAAGUGGCUGGGGGAGACAGACUGAACCUGGUGUUGUUUGGGAGGAGAGGAGCUGGGAAGACGUUCGCAGGAAACACCAUCCUGGGACGGAGGGAGUCCAGUGUGGGUCCCGGCUCCUCUUCAGUGUGUGAGAGGAGAGAGGGAGAAGUGUGUGGUCGCCCCGUUACCGUGGUGGAAAUGCCAGCUCUGUGUGAUGCACAGCUCACUGCAUCCGCUGUGUCUCGUCUCUUUACCUCUCUCUGUGGCCAUGGAGUCCAUGCCUUCCUCCUGGUCACUCCAGCUCCUCCCCUCACUGAUGAAGACAAGGCAGAAAUAACCAGGAUUCAGGAGACAUUUGGCUCAAGAGUCACUGAUUACAUGAUAGUUAUUUUUAUCCAUGAGAAUCCAGCUGCUCAACCUGACAUUCUGCAGCAAAGUAAGGACAUUCAGGAGCUUCUGAGGAUCUGUGGAAACAGGUACUUUGUUUUCUACAACCAGCACAUUCUCAACAACCCAGCAGUUCCAAGGCUUCUGCAGGUCAUAGAAGAGAUAAAGAGAAAAACAAGAAGCUGCUUUUCCCUGGAUAUGUACUGGGAGGCACAGCUCAAGAGGAAGGUUCGAGAGCUGGAGGCCAGGCACAAGACUGAGCUGGAGGAGAAGGACAGGAAGAUCAGAGAAUUAGAAGAACGUAUUAAGGGCACAUCACAGGGAGAUGUGAAAACAGAGGCUUCGCGGGGAAGAACCAGUCCUGACUUUGAUCGUCCCAACAUGUCUGAGCUGAGGGUUGUGCUGCUGGGGAAGUCUGGAGAACUGAGGAGUAAAGUGGGGAACAUCAUCCUGGGGGCAGAGGUCCUUUCAGUGAAAGAUGAGUGUGAGAGAGCACGAGGUCUGGUGAAUGGGAAGCGUGUGGCUCUGAUCAACACUCCAGACUUACUGGACCCCGAGCUCCCUGAAGGGAAAUUACUCAAUCAGAUAGAGAGGUGUGUGACCCUGUCUGCCCCAGGUCCUCAUGCAUUCCUGCUGGUGCUGGAGAACGGCAACAUUACAUCUGAGGGGAAAAAAAGAUUUGAGAGAAUCCUGCGCUCUUUCAGUCCUGAGGCCUUCAAGUACUCGAUGGUACUGACCACACAGGAGAGUGAAAGUACUCUCUUUGACCAGUCUUAUACCCAAGUUCUGCAAAUGUGUAGUGGAAGGUGUUACACGUUUCACAACACAGAUGAGACUAAUUACACCCAGGUUACUGAACUAAUGGAGAAAAUAGAGCAGAUGGUGGGGGAGAAUGGAGGAGGUUUCCUCAGCUGUGAGAUGUUCAAGGAGCCAGAGUCAGCCAGGCUUGGAGCGAGUCAGGUACCUCUGAGGAAGGCUGAACAGAAGGUGGAGAGGAAGGAGAAACCAAGGGCUCUGUCUGAAGAACUGCAGGAAAUUAAAGGAAAAAAAGUGGCUGGGGGAGACAGACUGAACCUGGUGUUGUUUGGGAGGAGAGAAGCUGGGAAGACGUUCGCAGGAAACACCAUCCUGGGACGGAGGGAGUCCAGUGUGGGUCCCAGCUCCUCUUCAGUGUGUGAGAGGAGAGAUGGAGAAGUGGACGGUCGCCCGGUUACCGUGGUGGAAAUGCCAGCUCUGUGUGAUGCACAGCUCACUGCAUCCGCUGUGUCUCACCUCUUUACCUCUCUCUGUGACCAUGGAGUCCAUGCCUUCCUCCUGGUCACUCCAGCUGCUCUCCUCACUGAUGUAGACAAGGCAGAAAUAACCAGGAUUCAGGAGACAUUUGGCUCAAGAGUCACUGAUUACAUGAUGGUCAUUUUUACCCACGAGAAUCCAGCUGCUCCACCUGUUCAUGACUUUCUGCAGCAAAGUAAGGACAUUCAGGAGCUUCUGAAGAUCUGUGGAAACAGGCACUUUGUUUUCUACAACCAGCACAUUCUCAACAACCCAUUUCCAACAACAACAGUUCCAAUGCUUCUGGAGGUCAUAGAGAAGAUGAAUAGAAAAACAGGAAGUUGCUUUUCCCUGGAUAUGUACUGGGAGGCACAGCUCGAGAGGAAGGGUCAAGAGCUGGAGGCCAGGUACAAGAUGGAGCUGGAGGAGAAGGACAGGAAGAUCAGAGAAUUAGAAGAACAUAUUAAGGGCACAUCACAGGGCGCUGGGGGUAAAGACCAGAGCUCUGACUGUGUGAGGAUAGUGCUCGUGGGGAAGACAGGAAAUGGGAAAAGUGCCACAGGAAACACCAUACUGCAGAGGGAGGAGUUCCAGUCGCGGAGCAGUAUGAAAUCAGUGACGACCUGCUGUAAGAAAGGAGUAGGGGAAGUAGCUGGCAGGCGCGUUGCUGUAGUUGACACGCCGGGUCUCUUUGACACAUCAUUUUCUAAUGAGAAGGUCCAGCAGGAAAUAGCCAAAUGCAUCUCCUUUUUGGCCCCAGGACCUAAUGUGUUUCUCUUAGUGCUACAGAUUGGAAGAAUCACAGAGGAGGAGAAGGACACAUUGCAGCACAUUAAGAGCACCUUCGGUAAAAUGGCUGAAAUGUUCACCAUAGUCAUAUUCACAAGAGGGGAUGAUCUUAGAAAUGAAUCCAUUGAAAGCUUCAUUCAACAAGGUGACCCUGUAAUCCAAAAUCUGAUUCAAGACUGUGGAAACAGGUUUCAUGUCUUCAAUAAUAAUGACAUGAACAAUCGCACCCAAGUGUAUGAGCUGCUGGAUAAGAUAGAUGUGAUGGUUCAGAGGAAUGGAGGAGGCUGUUACACCAAUGAGAUGUUCCAGGAGGCAGAAAGUACCAUAAGGAAAGAGUACGAAAGAAUAAUGAGUGAGAAAGAAGAAGAGAUGCAGAGAGAGAAGGAGAUGCUGGAGGCAAAACAUGAAGCGGAGAUGAAAGAGAUGAGGAGGAAGAUGGAAGAGCAGAGACACAAAGCAGAAGAGAAAAUAAUGCUUCAGGAAAAAAAGCUGAAAGACAAAGAAGAACAUUUAAGGAUGGAGCUAAAAGAGUGGAAGAAAAAAGAGACGAAAAAAAAAGAGAGGAGAGACAGGGAAGACAUAGAGAGGAAGGCAGGACAAGAAUCAGAGUGGAAGAGCAAAAUAGGUGAGAUUGAGGAAAUGAAAAGGAAACCGGAAGAGGAGUUGAAAGACGAGGGAAAAGAGGAAGAAAGAGAGCGGAAAGAGAGGGAAAAGAGAAGAGCUGAUGGAAAAACAAAAAAGAGAAAGAAAGAAAUUGAGGGCUGCCUCUGCCUGGAGUGGAGAAUCACGGAGCUGGAGAGGAGAACAUCUGUCCUCCACCAGAUCAAAGAGGAUGAGGAGCUCCUGGACUCCUCUGGAGACCAUGGGACCAUGGCUGGAGAAGAGCUGGACUCAGCCAUCCCAUGUCCUGGAGUUGCUGCAGAGCAGGCUGAAGAUCUUGGAUCCAGCUGA